GCCAAGCAGAUCCCAACCUAAUCUAGAGCCAUUGCCAUCUCUCAUUUCAGCCAAGAUUUGGAUCCCAUAAGUAGUGAUUUAGAUUUGCUCUUGUUUCCUGCUCUGUUUUUUUCUUUAUUUUAUAGUUGGCAGGGCUUGUAGCUGCUAAGCAAAGACUCAAAAAUGGCAACACAAGCACUUGUAUCAUCUUCUCUUACAUCUUCAGUGGAGACUGCAAGACAAAUACUUGGAGCAAGACCAUCCCAGUCUUCUUUUGGGUCUUCAAGGAAGAGCUCCUUCGUUGUUAGGGCUUCUUCUACUCCUCCUGUUAAGCAAGGAGCAGACAGACAACUAUGGUUUGCUUCCAAGCAAAGCCUUUCUUACUUGGAUGGCAGUCUUCCUGGUGACUACGGAUUUGAUCCGCUUGGUCUUUCAGACCCUGAAGGUACAGGAGGAUUCAUUGAGCCAAAAUGGUUAGCUUACGGUGAAGUCAUCAAUGGAAGAUAUGCCAUGUUGGGGGCAGUAGGUGCCAUUGCACCAGAAAUUCUAGGCAAGGCAGGUCUCAUCCCCGCCGAAACAGCACUCCCCUGGUUCAAAACCGGCGUGAUCCCACCGGCUGGUACAUACGAUUACUGGGCGGACCCAUACACACUGUUUGUGCUGGAAAUGGCACUCAUGGGUUUUGCGGAGCACAGGAGAUUUCAAGAUUGGGCAAACCCAGGCUCCAUGGGCAAGCAGUAUUUCUUGGGAUUGGAAAAGUACUUGGGGGGAUCUGGAGACCCAGCCUACCCUGGAGGACCCCUGUUCAACCCUCUUGGGUUUGGUAAAGAUGAGAAAUCAAUGAAGGAAUUGAAGCUCAAGGAGGUGAAGAAUGGGAGGUUAGCUAUGUUGGCAAUCUUGGGUUACUUCAUACAAGGACUAGUGACAGGAGUUGGACCAUACCAAAAUCUCCUGGAUCACCUGGCUGACCCAGUUAACAACAAUGUCUUGACUAGCCUCAAGUUCCAUUAGAGCCAAUUCUUGUCUAUUUGGGGAUAGGGACAGCCUAUGCAGUUUCCUUUUCCUUUUGCUUUUCUUGUCUCUCCUACUCAAUGUAACCAUCGUGUGAAAAAGCCCUACUGUAAUUUUCUGUAACAAAGGACAUGUUAAGAUCAAGAAACACCUCUUAAUGUUGCUUUUGUUUUUA